AUGGAACCACAAUUGAAGAAGACCAACUACAAGUUUGAUUGGUUAAGUAAUCUUCCAGAUAACAUAAUUUAUGACAUCCUUUCAUUGCUUCAUAUGAGAGACAUUUCAUGUGUGUGCACAUUGUCAAGGAGGCUAAGACAGCUUUGCUUCUCUAUGCCUUGCAUGAAUAUAUCUUUGGAAUCAUCCUUGAAUUUAAAGACAUUCUGGGGUGUAAAACCAAUCAAGGAACAAGAAUUAGACAGUUUUACCCGAUUUGUCGAGAGAUUUUUGCAUCUUUGCAAUGGGGCAGACUUAUUCCGCCUUCGUAUAGUGGCAUGGAUAUAUAACGCAACCAUGUGUCGUGUUCAAGAGCUUGAUCUUGACAUUGCCUUGAAAAAUACAUUUUGCUUGCCUCUUUGUGCCUUGAACUGCUCAUCAUUCCGGGUUCUAAAACUGAACUUGAAUUGGGGUAAGCUCAAGUUGCCCAAUGUAGAGUUCAACUCACUGCAGCAAUUAUCGUUGAUGAAGUUCAGAGUUGUUAAUCCAUUGCUCGGAGAGUAG